GUUAAGAAAGUUUAUGCAGAAGGGGUCCAUUUUACCAGAAUGUCUAAGAUACAGGCUGCUUUCCUUCUGCUCAUACUGUCCUGUUGUUACUUCAGCUGUGGGUCCUGUGGGAAAGUGCUCGUGUGGCCAACGGAAUAUAGUCAUUGGAUCAACUUAAAGACGAUACUGCAUGAACUUGCUCAGAGAGGCCAUGAAGUGACUGUGCUGGUGUCUUCAGCUUUCAUCCUCGUGGAUCCCAGCGAAUCAUCUGCAAUUAACUUCGAGGUUUAUCCUACGUCCCUUACUAAGGAUGAGUUUAUUUUCCGUUUUACAAAAUGGAUUAAGAUAUGGGCAUAUGAGUUACCAAGGAGUACACUGUGGGCAUAUACUUCAAAGAUGCAAAAGUCAUUUUAUGAGUAUUCUGAUACAGUUCUCAAGCUUUGUCAGGAUGCAGUUUUGAACAAGAAACUUAUAAAGAAACUGAAAGAAUCCAGAUUUGAUGUUGUUGUUGGAGAUGCCAUUUCUCCUUGUGGUGAGCUGCUGUCUGAGCUGCUAAACCUACCUUUGGUCUACAGUCUGCGAUUUACUGCUGGCAAGACACUUGAGAAAUUUUGUGGGGGACUAUUAUUACCUCCUUCCUAUGUACCUGUUGUUUUAUCAGAACUUAGUGACAAAAUGACAUUUAUGGAGAGGGUCACAAAUAUGUUAUAUUACCUAUAUUUUGACUAUGCAAUUGAGUCCUUUAACACGAAGAAGUGGGAUCAAUUUUACAGUGAAAUAUUAGGAAGAUCCACUACAUUGUGUGAGACUAUAGGGAAAGCUGACAUUUGGCUAAUCCGGACAUACUGGGAUUUUGAAUUUCCUCAUCCUUACCUACCUAACUUUGAGUUUGUUGGAGGAUUGCACUGCAAACCUGCCAAACCUUUACCAAAGGAAAUGGAAGAAUUUGUCCAGAGCUCAGGUGAAGAUGGUAUCGUGGUGUUUUCUCUGGGGUCAAUGGUCAAAAACCUCACAGACGAAAAGGCCAAUAUCAUUGCUUCAGCCCUUGCCCAGAUUCCACAGAAGGUUUUAUGGAGAUACGAAGGAAAUAAACCAGCUGCUUUAGGAGCCAAUACUCGACUCUAUGACUGGAUACCUCAGAAUGAUCUUCUAGGUCAUCCGAAAACCAAAGCUUUCAUCACUCAUGGUGGAACUAAUGGGAUUUAUGAAGCAAUUUACCAUGGGAUUCCUAUGGUGGGAAUUCCCAUGUUUGCUGAACAGCCUGAUAACAUUGCUCACCUGAAAGUCAAGGGAGCAGCUGUAGAUGUGAACAUGGACACGAUGACAAGUGCAGAUUUGCUCAAUGCCUUGAAAACUGUCAUUAAUGAACCUUUUUAUAAAGAGAAUGCUAUGAGAUUAUCAAGCAUUCAUCAUGAUCAACCUAUGAAGCCCCUGGAUAGAGCAGUCUUCUGGAUCGAGUUUGUCAUGCGCCACAAAGGAGCCAAGCACCUCAGGGUUGCUGCCCACGACCUCACCUGGUUCCAGUACCACUCUCUGGGGCUGAUGCUGGCCUGUAUUUUAUCUGCUAUGUUCUUGAUCACAAAAUGUUGUUUGUUUUCCUAUAGAAAAAUCUGUAAAACAGGAAAGAAGAAAAAGAGGGAAUAGAUAAAAAAAAAAAAAAAUGGCAGGAAUAGAUCUUACUACAUUUGGCUGAGUCCUCAGUGGAGUGAUCCUAUUUAUUCCAGCUAUAAGGAGCUUAACAAAACACAUCUCCAUUCUGUUUUCAAGUUUCUCUUCUCACUUCCCUAACCUAGAGACAGAGCACAGAAUUCAGCAUGACCAUUAACUAGUGAAUGUGCCUUGUGUUUCCUUUGUCUUUUUUCAGGUGGAUUUACCUUCCUCUCACUUCCUGGCACAGGGACACUAUUAAUUGUAAAUAAGUUGGAUCUCUAUAUCAAUAUUUUCUUUAUUUCUAAGCAUGACUGAUAUGCUGACUUAUGGUAGGCUGAAUCCUGAGGAACUUCACAAAGUAUUAAUUGAAUUGGGCAGAUGUGGCAAACACCGAACUGUCAAAUUUACAAGGUCUGAAAGACCAUGCAAUAAUGGAAAAUAACAAUGGACAUUAGUGUGCUAUGAGAAGAGCAAUAGUUUUCUUUUUUAUUAAAAAUAGACCCUUUUGC